AUGGACCAGACGGGGCAGGACAUUAUAGACCAGACGGGGCAGGACAUUAUGGACCAGACGGGGGCCAGGACAUUAUGGACCAGACGGGGGGGGGACAUUAUGGACCAGACGGGGGGGGCAGGACAUUAUGGACCAGACGGGGCCAGGACAUUAUGGACCAGACGGGGGCCAGGACAUUAUGGACCAGACGGGGGCCAGGACAUUAUGGACCAGACGGGGGGGGAGGACAUUAUGGACCAGACGGGGCCAGGACAUUACGGACCAGACGGGGGACCAGGACAUUAUGGACCAGACGGGGGCCAGGACAUUAUGGACCAGACGGGGGCCAGGACAUUAUGGACCAGAUGGGGGCCAGGACAUUAUGGACCAGACGGGGGGCCAGGACAUUAUGGACCAGACGGGGGCCAGGACAUUAUGGACCAGACGGGGGCCAGGACAUUAUGGACCAGACGGGGGCCAGGACAUUAUGGACCAGACGGGGGCCAGGACAUUAUGGACCAGACGGGGGGCAGGACAUUAUGGACCAGACGGGGCAGGACAUUAUGGACCAGACGGGGGCCAGGACAUUAUGGACCAGACGGGGGCCAGGACAUUAUGGGCCAGACGGGGGCAGGACAUUAUGGACCAGACGGGGGAGGACAUUAUGGACCAGACGGGGGCCAGGAUAUUAUGGACCAGACGGGGGCCAGGACAUUAUGGACCAGACGGGGGCCAGGAUAUUAUGGACCAGACGGGGGCCAGGACAUUAUGGGCCAGACGGGGGGGCAGGACAUUAUGGACCAGACGGGGGCCAGGAUAUUAUGGACCAGACGGGGGCCAGGACAUUAUGGGCCAGACGGGGGCUAG